CUCAUCGAGAUCGUGAACAAGAUCCAAGAAGUGUUCGCCAUCGUGGGCAACAACGUCCUCGACAUGCCCCAAAUCGCCGUCGUCGGCGGCCAAUCGAGCGGCAAAAGCAGCGUUCUCGAGAACAUCGUCGGCAAGGACUUCCUUCCCCGCGGGAGCGGCAUCGUCACGCGCCGCCCGCUCAUCCUGCAGCUGAUUUACGACGACUCUGUGCGCGCAGAUUUCGGCGUGUUUUUGCACAAACCGGGCCGGCAGUACUUCGAUUUCGACGAAAUCCGCGAGGAAAUCGAAGCGGACACCAUCCGCGAGACGGGCACAGGCAUCUGCGUGUCCGAGCGACCCAUCAUUCUCAAGAUCUACAGUCCGCACGUGAUCAAUCUGACGCUCAUCGACCUCCCCGGAAUCACGCGAGUGCCGGUGGGGGACCAGCCGAAGGACAUCGAGGUGAUCAUUCGGCGGAUGGUUCUGAAGUUCAUUCGGCAGCCGAACUGCAUUAUCAUGGCGGUGACGGCCGCGAAUACGGAUCUGGCGAACAGCGACGCGAUCCAGAUGGCGCGCGAAGUCGAUCCGGAGGGCCUGCGAACGGUAGGCGUGCUGACGAAGCUGGAUUUGAUGGAUCGCGGGACGGACGCGUUCGAGAUUUUGUCAAAUCGCGUGAUUCCGCUGCGUUUGGGGUACGUGGGAGUGAUUAACCGCGGGCAGAAGGAUAUUGACACGCGGAAAAGCAUGGCGAAGCAGUGGCGGGACGAAGAAGAGUUCUUGCGAGCGCGGUAUGCGUCGAUUGCGCGGGUGAACGGAACGCGAUUUCUGCGCGAGAAGCUGAACCAGCUGCUGCUGAACCACAUCAAAGUGGGCCUCCCCGCGAUUAUCACGAAGGUGAACGAGUUCAAAGCGGAGAAAAUGUGA